CGGUUCGGUAAAUACCAAUGCAAAACGGUAAAUACUAUUUUCAUUUGGUUAUUCGCUUGAAUUUGAUUUUAUUCCACUCGUUUGCUGGCAGAUCCAAAACGGCAUUUUUGAAUGCGUCAAUUGCUUCUUCUGGUGACUGGAAGCUUUGACCACGCAGUCUGUUUUUAAUUUUCGGGAAAGUAAAGAAAUCUUUAGGACUUAUAUCGGGACUAUAUGGAGGAUGGUCCAAUAAUUCCACGUUUUCUUCCGUUAAAUACUGCCUUGUUUUUUGGGCUGUGUGCAAGCUUGCAUU